UUGUGAUUAUUUUUUUAAUUGCGCACAUUGGCAAAUAACGUAAAAUCAUUGUCAAAAUAAAUUCUCAUUGUACGUUUUGGUAUAUAGUAUCUCAAACUGACUUAUUUUCAUGUUUGCGAACAUAGUUAUUUUUGUUUAUUGUAUGAAUUUAUUCGUUACUACUUUCCUCUAAAUAUUUGGCAUUCCUUGGAUAUCUUCGCUGAGGAAUAUUGGCACAGAAAAUCUUGUUUUUGGAUUAUGAUAAUUAUGCUUUGAAAAAUGACUCACUUAAUGCAGAUAUUGUCAUACCUGUUGCUUAGGUCAUAGCUUUAACGAGAUUUAAUGAAAAAAGUAUCUGUUGAAGUAACAAUGGUGGUUAAAGGGUCAUUGACCUGAGAAUUUAGCUGUCAGAUCUGUUGAACACUGUAUAGCUAACAGGUACAUGCACCUCAAGUACAGUGCCUCAGAGGUAGCUGUCUAGCUAAGCAUCAUUGAUAAAUUUUUGAUGUGAUGUUAUCUUUUUACGAUAGUAUGUGCUUUAGAAGAUAAGUUGGUGAGAAAUACAUUCAUCUUUAUGAAGAGUGAUUUACUUAUAAGAAGUGAUUUACUGUUGAAGAUGAUCUCCGCUGAUAGUUCUUGUCAGAGUUAGAAAUAUUUACAGCGAACAUGGAACGAUUAAAGUCGAUACAGUUUGGUAGUGAGAUCUACUCAAGGCAGCAUCUAGAUGACCUCCCCCUGGUUGAGAUUGGUCCUCUAAAUGAUGAGAUCAUCGCCAGCUACUCAGGACCUGACUCUGGUCUCGCUUUCGGACUGGAUAACAGAGCUACAAGUUCAGACGGGGAAAUAGCUGGUGCCCGGAAUUGGAACAUGAAGGACCAGAAGGCUUAUGGCAUCUGUAUCUCCCUAUAUGAACAGCAUCCUGUCAAUGGCAAGAUGUCAGGUGAUCCAGUUGCUGAUGCCUUCGCGAUCUGUGCCAGGGGAAACAACUGUGUCAUGGUGAUUGCUGAUGGUGUUAACUGGGGUGAGAAAUCUCGCCUGGCAGCCCGGGCUGCACUGUACGGAGCCAUGGACUACAUCAAUACACGAAUUUUCACCAACCGCAGAUCCCCAGCAUCCACUCAUGAUGUGUUUGCGAUCCUGCGGAAGUCGUUUGACAAGGCUCACCAGGAGAUACUGGACCGCGAGGGCGGGCUGACGACCUUGUGUGCCUGUAUGGUGUGUCCCGUAGCCAAGUCAACACAGUACGCAGUCUGUUGCCUCAAUGUUGGGGACAGCUACGGGUACAUCUUCAGUCAUAACCAAGGUAUCAGAGAGGUGACACAGGGUUCCCAUGAUGUUUCUUUAGUCCGAGACAUCCGCGAUGCAGGGGGCGCCAUUGGUCCGGUUGACGGGAAAAAUCCAGAACUCCACAACCUUACAUACGGUCUCAGUUUUGCAAAUCCGGGUGAUAUUGUUUUUCUUACCACUGAUGGAAUCUCGGACAAUUAUGAUCCGGUUGUGACAAAAAUUGCUGUAGCUCCUUUGACAAGUGUUAAAAAUGAAAACGAGCAACAGUCGGAAGGUGAAAAUCAUUAUGAGUGUAUGGAGUCUACCUCAGAUCCAGGAUGCAGCAGUAUUUGUGGAAAACCUAUUAUGGAGCCACAGGAAAGGCACAUUUACGCUAUGAAAGAGAUGGAGAGAGUAUUACAUGACUACGAGUUGAUAACUGAAGAAGACAGUUCAGCUCAGGAAUUGUGCAGUGCAAUGGUGCAGCACGUGUUAAUGACUACAGACCAGAAACGCAAAGUGCUAGAAAAUCCAGAUUUGUAUAGACGUAAAAAGCUAUCACUAAAAGAUAAGCAAACGAGAGACUCGCAAAUAGUUUCAAAAAUGUCAGAGGCCCCUGGUAAGUUAGACCAUGCUUCAAUUGUUUCAUAUGAAGUUGGGGAAUGGAAGCAGGAUUUUGAUACAAUGGAUUCUAUUCCUUUAGAAAGUCAAACUUCAGAAUCAAGUAGCAGCUCUAAACACAGCACCAACACAGACAUCUCAUACCCAAAGAGUCCAACCUCACCCUCCCAUAACAUUACAUCUCCCAGCUCAGGUACAAAGAAAAUCCGCCCUAAGAAACUCUUCAACAAACUUAAAAAUAAUCUCAACAUUAAAUCCACUCCAAACUCACCUACUACUGAACAAAGCCCAAGUAUUUCCAAUGUGACUUCACCUAAGAAAUAUCACUUCAAAAGGUCAAGGACAAAGUCAGAAGCAGGUGCUCUCUCACCAAGCAGCCCGGUUGCAAGGCGUGAUGUGAUGUCAUCAGGGUUUGAAGACUUUCGGUACCAAGCGUCUCCUACCAGUCAUAUGCCUGUCAGUCCUACUUCACCCUCUAGACUUCCAUAUGCGGGGCAUCAGUAUCAACAGUACAGAAAGCCAGCCGGAUUUGAAUCUGCUGUUUAGUUUCAAAGCAUGCUUUAUAAUUAUCUAUUGUACUUAGUUACUGGUUAAUUUGGUUAUAAAUCAAAAUUUAGCUUGUCAGUUUUUUGGAAGAAAAAAGGUUGAUGUGUUGUCAUAACCUUGGUGUGGUAAUUUACCCAUUGGUGUUAUGCUUUUCUAUUAUGCAAAAACUAUUUGUAUGGCAUAACAGGGUUUUACGCACCUAUUUUCUGUUGGCAACAGUUUUUUAAAGUGAAACUCAUAUACUUACUAAAUAAUGCAAUUAUGGAAAAUAUUGUUUUUGAUAUUUAUUCAUCCUUUUCGGUAAAGUAGAACAAUUGUUUUAAUUGUGAUAGAUCUUAUUUGGGAGUAAUAGUGCAUCAACUUUGCUUAGAAUUGAGUUAUUUGACUUACUUUUAUGAACAAACUCAAAACAUCAAUUUUUCAAUUUUGGAACAAUCUGGUGUCUAGUCCCUUUAAGUUUAAUUCAGGAAAUUCAAAUGAAACUUGAUGCAAGCACUAUACCUGUGAAAUAUGCAUUAUUAAGUAGAGAAAGACCCAUCUCCCUGGCUUGACAUAUUUUGAAAUUAAGCCCCUUAAUAAAGUAAGAAGAACAGAUGAGCUUUGCCACCCCAUUGCAGUGCUCUUGCGUGAUGUCUCCUAACAAUAUAGUCAUUUAUUUAAGCAUAUUUUUAGUUUAUUUUGAAAAUGACUCGUACCUUUUAAACUGGGAAUUUUUGCAUUGUUUUUGCUUACAAAGUUGGGAAUUUUUAUUAAACAGAAUAGAACCGAACAAUCAGAAUAAAAAGUGUUUUAAAUUUUUAAUUCAACAUUUUGACAUUAAAUCACAAAAAAAAUUAGUGACAAGUCAGGCAUUGUUGUGUUGUGUAGGUUGUUGAUUCAGUCUAGUGCUUAUUCAAUUUGAGAUACUCAUUUAUUAAGCCAUCAUAUUGUUGUUAGUGCUAAAGGCUUGUAGCCUUGUGCUCAUUGCUGAUCAUUUGUUAAUUUGUUCAUAAUUUGAAGCAACAGUAUAUUAUAACAUCUUUAACUUAAUGGUUGUUAAACAUUUAAAAAUACCAGUGUCAUUGUCUUUCAUUUUAAAAUCAAAUUUAUUGCAAUCAAAGUUCAUACAGAAUGAAAUGCAGAAGAAUAACUUAGGGCUAUUCCAGUAAAACAUAUAACCCACAGGGGGAAGGCAAUUAUUUAAAUAGUAAAUGAGUGGGUGUCUGUUUUCGCUAAUUUGGACCCCAAAAGGGAAAUUUUUCUUCUGUGUGUGUGUGUGUGGGGGGGGGGGGGGUAUAUUUUAAGUGUGCUUCCCCCCAGGGGUUAAAUGUUCAAAUAGAAUACCUCUUAUCACAUGUGAAACAAUAUUGAGACUGUGACUGUUAGCUGGUUGUAUUGGCAGCAAAAAAAACAUAUUUAUAACUAAUUUUUUACUAUCAAAUAUUGAUUCCCAUCAGUCUUACAUUUUAAACUGGUUAUUACCAUCCAUCUAUUCAGCUUUGAGCUAUUAAUUUUCAAUGAGUAAUUUGUUGUAAUUUGUAAUGCAUUUCUUAGCUAGCUUGCUCUUAUAAAUGACUUAUGGUGCAGAUAUUUUAUCAGCUUAAAAGAAGUAUUCUGUUCAUGCUUUAUUAGCCAUGCGUGGAUUUGUCAUUUACUCAUAAGAUCAGGCUACUAUGGUGCAUAUCACUUUUAUGAUACCAAAUACUUAAAGCAUUAUGUAUCUUCCCAGAUUUCAAUGAGUCAUAAAACAGGGGAAGUAUAAUAUGGAUUCUCUAAUUACGUUAAUUGAUUUAGUAAAUCGUUGUAUAUUAUAUGAAGCCAGUAUCCAGAAGUGUGUUUUUCAAGUAUUUGUCAAAUGCUAUUGUAUUGUUAAACUUUGAUACAGGCUAUUCUGUUUAAGCAUACAACCCAUCCCAGAUGGAACUUCUGGUUGGGGAUGGGGGUUACCUGACCCUACCUAUAAAGACCCUACCUUCAAAAUAGGAGCCAAUCCUACCUUUUUUAUAGUUAGUCGGUUAAAAUAAUCAAUUCUGAAAAAAGUCUAUUCUGAGAUGAAUGUGUUCUAAUAUGUAGUUUAAAAAGCUUUAUAAUGACGAUUAAUUUUAAAUAAUUCCCCAGUUUUAGAAAAAGAUGUAACCAUUAGCACACAGUUUAUUUUUUUGGCCCCAAGAAGGCACUUUUGAAUUGUAUUGUUCCCUUUUAUAAGUUAAAUUAACAUGAAAAUUGAUUAUUAUUUUUUUGUCACCCUGGGGAGAGUGUAAUUUUCAAAUGUAAUAGCCCUUAUAAAUAUGAAUCUAGAAAAAUAUAAUAUAUUCUACAUGGAAUAUACUUAAAUCUACAAUGUCAUAUUUUCCAGUUUUUUAUUCAGUCACUUUUAUACAAAUCCACAUUAUCCACCUUAAGCUCUGGUAUGGUAUUUGCAGCUUGCUUUGUAAUAAUGGGGGGAGGGGGGGGGGGGGGUAUGCUGUUGUGUGCCAUAUUAUUUUUUGCUAUGUGUAUUCAUAAACAGACAAGUAAUUGAAUUCUUGUGUAUACAUAGGGUAUUCAAUGUUUGUUUAUAAACGCAGAAUUUCUUUGAAAAGGUUGUGUAUAGUAGAAAUAUUUGUUUGCCAUCAUAUUUGUGUUUUGAUCAAUGUUUAUUGUUUUCAUACAUUCAACAUUUAGAUUUGUGUUUUCCAUUAGAGAAUUGAUCUCGCUAAGUGUUUUGUCUCCUGAUUUUUAUUGGUCAGUAUUUCUCAAAAUUUUGUUACUUAAUAUGACUAGUAUUUAAUUGUGCAAUAUUCAUUUUAAAUUCUUGAAUGAAAACAUAAUGUAACAUAGAUUGAAUUUCUUUAAGCGACAUGUAUCUUUUGAACCUAUAUCAUAAAUGGAAUAAAGCACUUAACAGAGUGUGUAUCAUGAAAAAGUGGAUGUUACCAGGUAUUCAAUGUGUCUAUAGUGGCACUUAAACUGUCUUGCUAAAGAGCUAGUUUUUAUAGCAACGCGGUAGAGUGCCACCAUGAAGAGUGAAAAGAAAUGGGUGUUCGAACCCUGCCAGAUGACCAUAGCAAUUUGUGCAGUCUGUAACAAUUGGCCCCCCAAUGUGGGACCUAUGCUGGUUGCAAAAUAACUUGAUAAGCCUCAAGGUCAUUGCAAAUUGAGGAAAUGUGAUUCAAAUGUAACAGACUGCACAAUUUUUUAUGUGCACCUGUCGGGGUUCGACCCACAAACUUUCGCUCUGCAGGCGGACACCUGACCGCAUCGCUAUAAAAGCUAGCUCUAUAGCGAGACAGUAUAAGUGCCACUUUAUACAUAUUGAAUACCCGGUAACAUGGAUAUUAGCUUCUCAAAAUGGCAUUCAUAGAUAGUUUGGUCAGUUUAAACCUCGGGUAUUUAUUUUCGUGCUCAGUGUUUUAUUAGUGUAUUUUUUAUACAUUUUUUCAGUAGUUAUGUAGUAGAGCAUUUUUUGUGCAGUUUUUUCCUUGCAAAUUUAAGAAUUAAGAAAUGUUAAGUGUUUAAAUGUGGUAGUACACUUCAGACAAAACAAACGUGAAAGUAUAUUCAAAUAGUCAAUUUAUCUUAAUACCAUACUUACAUACUAUUAUUUGCCUUUCAUUGGUUGUUUAAGAUAAAAAAUAAAAUAAAACAAAUUUAAAUCAUA